UAGUAAUCACAUGCAAUCAUAAUUCAUAAGAAAAACGAGAUAAUACUCUCUUUUAGAUAAGAAUAUUUGAUAAAAUUGAAUUUAGAUCAAUAAAAAUACGAAAUAAAUGAAUAGCUAAACUGUUUUGAAUAUAGUUGAACAUACCAACUCCUUAAAAAUGGCUGAGUGUAGUAAAAAAGAAAAAAUUGAAUAUUUAAAAGGGAAUAUUACCAGUUAUCCAAAUUUUCCUAAGCCUGGAAUUUUAUUUCGAGAUAUAUUUGCCCUAUUAAAAAAUCCAACUGCUUUCCGAAUUUUAAAAGAAUUGGUUGUGGAAUAUGCAAAAUCUAUUUCACCAAAAAUUGAAAUUGUUGUUGGUUUAGAAUCUCGAGGAUUUUUAUUUGGACCAUUGAUUGCGUUAGAUUUAGAGAUUCCAUUUGUACCAAUUCGGAAAAAAGGAAAAUUACCUGGAAAACUCGAGUCGAUUGAAUACACAUUGGAAUAUGGUAAAGAGAUAUUUGAAAUUCAAGCAGACCAAAUAACGACUGAUCAACGAGUAUUAAUUGUGGAUGAUUUGUUAGCAACUGGAGGAUCUUUAGCAGCAGCUUGUCAAUUAAUUGAAAAAUCGGGUGCCAAGGUAUCAUGCUGUUUAGCAAUUAUGGAAUUGGUGGAUUUAAAAGGUCGUGACAAAAUUAAUGCACCAAUACAUACUUUAGUUAAGUAUUGAAAGUAAUAAUAUGAUAUACGUACGCUCAAUCCAAAUUUUUUAAUUAAGAUAUAUCAUAAAGCUUUUUGAUGUUUUUUAAUAAAUCCGAAUGACUUCAGAAUUUUUUUAAAUAAAUUGCUUCAAAAAUGAAUAUUGCUUUAAAUAGCUAGUAAAACAUUCCAAUAUGACAUUCCCUUUGCCAUUUUAAAAGUUUUAAGCUAUUUUUAAAGCGUAAACAGACCAGUCAUUAUGAAUUAUUGCAUCACAUGAGUUUAUAUUAAGAUUAUUUCCAGGAAACGUAGUAAUGAUUCAAAGUAAGAUUUCAAUCGUAGAGAAAUUUAGCUAAUCAAUUUUUGUGAAAACAUCUAAGUUUAGGUAUUUUAAUAAACGUUUACAAGAUUUAAACGAUUAGAGGUCACAAAACUUUUUUGUCAGACGUUGUUCCUGCCAGAUCAGUAGUUUUUUUAAUUACAGUGGGUAGAAAUUAUUUUACCAUACUAAGUAAGAAUUGUGAUAUUAAAUAGUAUAACAAAAUAAGGACGUUGUAGGUUAUGCAAGAUCAAUGAGAUCCGUGGUUACCAUCCCGCAUAUUUUACUUAAAGUUUACGAUAAUAACCAAUUACCCUCAGAGAGUGAACUUCAAACUUCAAUCAAGUUAUUUUCAUUGCUGUCUAUCUUCAUCAUCAUCUUAUAUAGGAAAAAGAGCCUACAUUUUUUAUGCAUAGUCCGGGAAACGAAUCUGGAGCAGCCCGCGGGGCAGGCGAGCAUUCUACCACUGAACCAACCAUGUACCAAAAAAGUAGUAUCUUGUUCCUACUUAAGAUGAUGAUGAAGAUGGACCGCAAUAAAAACAUUUUGAUUAAAGUUUGCUCUUUGAGGGUAAUUGGUUAUUAGCGUAACCAAAGUAAUAUAAGCGGGAUGGCAACCAUGGAUGUAAUUGAUCUUGCAUAAAAUCAAAGAGAAAUUGGAAUUCUACACUUAAAACAAAGAACAACUAUUAAUUGAAAAAUUACAAAUUUCCUUCCAUUAAGUGUCAGUAUGCCCGUCUUUCAGAAAAUUUAACAGAGUCGCUAUUUUGACCAUUUUAGACUCAGUGCUUUUAAGCUGAGAAUAAACGAAAAUACGUUAUUAAAACUUCCUCCUUGUGUAAAGGACAUAUUUUCAAAUUUUUAAGAGAAUGGUAAAACAUGUAUAUUCUUAGGAAUUAUCUUAAUAUAAAAUUGAGUGUUUUAAUAUUACAGAACAAAAUUUUCAGAUGAAAUACGACAACAGAAUUUAAGCCUUUGUGCAUUUUCGUUGUACGAGGCGCUUAGUCUUUUUUUUGUGGUUUACAAUAAGGUGUAAUUAAAAUACACCAUGCGCAAUAUGGCUUCAAAAUGCAAUCAAUUCAUAAAAAUAAUCGUUUUGAUCUAAUGACUGUUUUAAACUAUAGCGUAUUCGGUUUUUGUCCGAUGCUUGAUAUUUCGAACGAAUUAUUCUUUUAAAAUUUUGGCAACUCUGGUCAUUGUCACGAUACUUUCGGAAUGAUAUCUUGAGUACUUGGGUACGUUCAAUAUUACCACCGACAAGCAACGACGGAAACCGAAUUCGCUAAUUAAAAAAAUUAUCAAAAAUGUACAAAGAAAUU